UCGGCCUUUAUCAAGGGUGGCAUCCAAAUCUGUAAUCGUCAUAAAGCUCGAUCUAAAUAGCUGGGAAAUGAAAUUCAAAUAAUGCAAAGGGCAGAGAAGAAGAAUGAGAGAACAGCUGUUUUUUGUAAAGUCACAAACCCACACUCAGCAAAAGACAGAGAGGCUGUCAAGGGCAGGGUGAGAGGGAGGGACACCGAGGAAGAAGAAGAAGAAGGAGAAGAAGGAGAAGAAGGGGGGAGGAAGAAAGAAGGGGCUCACAGAGAGUGCACUGUUAGCGGACAGAAAAGCAGAGUGUUAACAGCCAGCGUAGGUAGAUCACUGGGCAAACACCACUGCUGCAAGUCAGGACGGAGGAACGGAGUGAGAAACAGAGAGGGAGAUUCACACGUACAAGGAGAGAAGAGGAGUAUAGCAGGAGAGCGUUUGGGCAACAGGAGCUUGUGGUAGCCAGAAAGAGGGCAGCCAAGCCUGAGGAGAUGCUGUGAGGAAACGUGCCAAGUGAUGGAGCUUGAAGCAGCCAACAGGCGGGCACAAUUAGUCAGAAUGGAUGACCAGGACAGAGUAAGUCAAGCAUCCAGUGUGGCCACCAUUUCCUACUUUCCUGUCAUGAAGGAAAGUGAUGGAAAGGUGCAAGCAUUUGGGAAAAGAUGUCAGGCUGCCAAGAGAGACCCCAACUGUUCUGUGGUCAUCAGAGGAUGGCUCAACAAAAAAGAUAGCUCUGGUUUGAAGCUAUGGAAGAGAAGGUGGUUUGUCCUCUCCAACUACUGUCUGUUUUACUAUAAAGACAGUAGAGAAGAAUCUGUGCUGGGCAGCAUUCCUCUUCCAAGCUACAAAAUCCUGUUUUGCACACCACGGGAAUGCAAGAACAGGAAGUUCACCUUCAAGGUGGUGCACCAGGGAAUGCGCUCUUAUUUCUUCAGUGCUGACACUCAGGAGGAUAUGUUGGGUUGGGUCCGAGCUCUCAGUCAGUCUGCCUCAAUGGAGCCAGACAGCUCCCUGAACAGGCGCUGCUCAAGUUAUCAGGAUUUCACACAGAUAGGCGGCAGCAGUGAAUCCGUGGAAUUCCCUAAAGCCCCCUCUGAUGGAGAGGGUCCCUCCCAAAAGCACAGGCACGUCAGCAGGGCUCUGAGUGAACCGUGUCAGCUCACCGGUGGGAGGAUGGGGAUGUCGCACUCAGAGCAAAGGGGAAGGCAGAGUGUGCGUCAGAGAAACAGCAGAACACCCAGCCCUCCUGAAUUUAGCAGGAGAAGAGUUUAUGGCCCAAACCAAGAAGAAGAUUCUCUUCCUGAACACACACCACACACCCAAGCAGAAAUGAUGGGAACAGGCUCUUUGACCUCAAGAGGUCAGCUGGGUUCACGACCUCACACACCGGUGGGAAGGGUUGACAUUCGACCACACGAUGACUCGGUCAUAAUGCCACAGACGCUGUACUACGCACCUGCCUCACCUAACCUGGAGUUCAAAUCUACUCCUACCACUCCAGUCACGGAAAGAUGGCAAAACUUAAGCAAGCCUACACCUACAUAUGGUUCUGUCCAUCAUGUGAGUGGAAGGAGACCUUUAGGAAAGAGCUACUCUACAGGGGGGCAUGCAGACUUACUGCCCCCUUUGCCCCCAUCAUCGAGAGCCGCACAUGCGCCACACCCACCACACCACCACCACCACCACCAUCAUCACCAUCACCGCAGCAAUUUAUCUGUUUGUGUGCUACCGCCAGCUAUGACCCCGAAGUCUGAACCGAGAGAGACCCCACCAAUCAGACCUCUUGAAAGUGAUGCUGAUGCUGUGUUGACAAGGUUAUGUGGGUGUGACAAACUGCUGCAGUCUCUGUCUCUAGAACUGGCCCAACUACAAAUGGAUAAGGACAGCGUCCAUUGUGCAUUAGAAGUUUCCAGACUGCAGCUGGAGGAGUGGAAAAACCAGGGGCCGAGAGCCCAGGAAGAGGCACUGACCCAGAAGGCUUUGCUCCAGGAGGAGCUGGUCACAAUCCGGGCCAGAAUGUGUGAUGUAUCAUUGGAAAUGGACCGGGUGUGGAGUCAGUAUGAAAGAAUGGAGAGUGAACUGUCCGUUAUCCGUUCACACCUUCAGCACAUCUGUAACUUCGGAGUGCCACAGGAGCAGUCUCAGGCCCAGAGAGAGCUGUGGAUGAUGGAGGACAUCCUGGCAGGACUAAAGGUCAACAGGGAUCAUUUCCGCUUCCUGUUGGGACUACAGAGGCACCACACGUUCCAGCCGACAUCUCCACAUCCUGGAUCCCCUGGCUCUCCCACAGAGAGGCUGCAGAGUGGACUGCCAAUGGAUGUAGAACAAAAGCCACCAGUACGCCCACCGUUACCCCAGGAGCUACAGGAAAGCCACCAGAGCAGAGAUCUGGGCCAUGGCUGGGCAGAGUCACCAUAUGAGGGAAUCUACAGCCACGCUGUUGAUCCAGUACACAGAAGAGGAAACAGCCAGCCUGACCUCCUUAACAUGAAAGCACAGAAAGACGAAUUUGAAUCUCAAUCUGGUUCAAAGUGGAUCCCACCAGAUACAACGAACCAAUCAACAAAGAAAGUGAAGAUGAGUGAAGAAGAGCAGAUUGAGAGAAUGAAGAGGAAUCAGGAGAGGAUGACUAAUAGAAAGAAACCCCCCCUAUCCACUCCAGGCACCCAAACCCAGAGUCAAGGUUCAGAGACAAGAGAGGAGGCCCCCUUUCCUCUAAGGGUGACACGGGUUGUUACAGCUGUACUGCCAACCUCUCUUGUGGCCAGACGGGUUUCUGUUGAGGAUCCCCCGCCUGAGCUCGACAACCCACUGCCUGAGCAGAUCCAACCUGAGAUGCAGCAAAGAUUGGCUGAGCAAAGUAAAAAAAUGUUGAACAAGCCACCCAGGCGUCCUGAUCAAAUGAGGUCCUCUGCAGAGAUGCACCAGGAUCAGCCUGUUAAAAAGACAAAGCAGCAGCUGCAUCAGGGAGUACUGAGGUCCUCCAAGAAGGAGUCACAAUCAGAUGGGAGCCGAGCAGAGUCUAGAGAGACUUCAAGGAAUCAAGUUCAAGAACAAGCAGGAAACGGAAGUGCGAGCUUUGACGUCAGGGUGGAGGAACGGCCUUCUGCCCUCCUGACCCCUGACAUGGACCCUGACCUCUGUCUGACUGCUGAACAACGAGAGGCCAAACUACGACGUGUGGAACGUAUACGUGAGAGAGUCAUAAGAAGUGCAGCCAGAGAGAAUGUUACUACACACAGUCUGCUGCCAAUCAGGGGGGAGGGGAAGGAAGUUCAUCAGGUACCCCCUGACACAGCUAGAAAACAAAGGAUAAGAUCAGACCGUGAAUCUUACCAUGGCAAUAGAAGCCGUGGGGAUAUCAUCAGACGUCCUGCAGAACUUCAGCUUUCUAGCGAAACAUCUCAGGAUGAUGAUGAAAAAGAUGGGCAUGUGAAAAAGUCUAAAAGUCAAGUGAGGUUUGGGAACAAAACACAGCACAAAGAUCACAGUGGAAGAACAGGGGUUGCCAAAACUAAAAUCAAACGUCCAGCUUCACCCUAUCACAUCUCAUCUAUGACUGUCUACCAGAAAGAAGGAGCACAUGGAUUUACAAGUUGCAAGGAUGGAGAGGAGAAAAAGCUUGAGGAACCUGCCACUGAUGAUAAUGAAAGUGAUUUUUCAUCCACCGAUCUGAGAGCCAAGUGGUUCCUCUCCACCAGCCAGUGGCAAGGGUUCAUACCUUUGCAGAUCCCUGUCAUAGACUCAUUUUGCGGUGAGGAGAUAUCAGACACCGAGAACCAACCAGCGUGCACUGAUGAUGUGACUGAUUCCAAUGAAAUGUCAUCCACAGUCAGCGAAAGCUUAGAGAAAAUGAAAGAGAACCAUUCACUCUUCUAUAAGAUUGCAUGUGACAUUAGUAUUUCAGACACAGAUAUAACAAAGAAUGAUGGGAAUUCAAAUACCCAAACAUCAUCCAGGCCAGACGAAGAAGAACUACUGAUCGCUGAAUCUGUGCCAAAUGAACCAGUCCAUAAUGUUGAGAGAUCUUCUAACCAAGAGAACAAAGAUUCCAGUUUACAUUUGUCAUCAGCUGUUAAUGAAAAUGGUCUAUCAAUUAAUAGCAAACUCCAAGAUUCAACAUUGGAAACCAAGGACAAAGAAGCAUUAAAUACCUCAACUAGUCCAUCAAAAGAGGCUUGUGCUUAUGAAGGGAUCCCUCAGAAAGAAUGUGAAGACGCCUCAGGGCAAGAAGGCCAGUUAGGGAAAGUUAGAGAAACUAUCCAUGGAGCUCCUAUUCAGGACACUGAUAGUGAUCAGGCCUUGGAUGAAAGUGCAAAGACAGGAGAAGAACAGAAAGAAUUAGAGGCUAAGAAGGUGGACCAAGAGAGAUCUAUAGAGCUGAAGAAACGUAGUUUAAGUGAAGAGAGCAAAGAGAGGGUCCAAGAACGAGGCAUCAACCACUCCAUCACUCCAUCCAGCUCCGGACCGGUGAUCCGGAGUGCCUCUUUUGGGAAGGCGCGAGUUACAGUUAUAAGGACAAGUUUGUAGAGGCAAGAACAGUGAUGGAGGUAAGGAGCUUAAAUGAAUGAACUUGAGAGGGACAAGAACACAGUCAAGUGAUAUAUGGUAAAGAAAAAAAAAGAAGGACUUGAAGUGACGGAGGGACCUAACUUUGGGUUAGAAAUGGUAAAAUGGGAACAUAUAAUAUGAAAAAUAAACAUAAUGUUUGGUAAACAUUUCCAUUAUUCAUAAUAUGUGGUUAGACGUGGAUACAAAUCAGAAAGUCUUAAAAACAUUUCAUGAAACCAGAAACUAUAUAUGCAAAUAUAGUGUUGUUCUUGCAAUUGAUGGUGAACACCAAAACACCUUAUGUAUCGUUUAAAGUACAUGUCUAUUCUUUGUGGUUAACUCUUUCAUUCCUCUCAAAAUGUGCAUCUAGCAUAGCACAGAAAUUAUACAUGAUGUCUGCUCAUGGGCGGCAACAUAACCCUGUUAUUGUCACUGUAACAAAAUGUGUUUUGUAUCUCAAAUAUCCUGAUUAAUAAACAUGCUGUGUGUCUGACA